AUGAAUGAUAAAUCAGAAUUAAAUUUUAUAGGUUUAAGGACAAAUAAAAAGACUUCAUUUAGAAGUUAUCGUAAUUUAAGUACUUGUUUACCGGAUAAUAACACUUCGAUAAAUAUUGUUCAAGAUGAUGAGAAAUUUCCAUUGCCAUAUGUUCAAAUGUCUAAAUCAUCUGAAUCGAUUGCGAGUAUAAAACAAGAGAACAAUUCAUAUAUCAUGUUAGAGACCGGAAAGAAAUCGGAUGAAACUACUGCUACCACUGUUACUACUGCAAGUAAUAAUAAUAAUAAUGCUAGCUCAGUUAUCGGACUUCCCAGCAUCAAACGGAAUAUAUUAAGACGACAGCAAUGCACAGUUGAACAAUUAAAAAUAUCUGAAAAUAUCACAAGUCAGUAUGCUUCAACAAACAAUUUUAAAAUGGGGAAAACAUUUCAUACGGAACAAGCAAAAGAUCAGCAAGCGUCAUCUUCUUCCCCAACACCAUUUCAACAGACUGUUAAUGAAACAGCAACUGUUACAAAUGCUGGACAACUGAGUAGAUCAGGAUUUUUACGUCAUCCAUUACGUAAAGCUAUGAGUUAUGUGAAACCUCAAUCAGAAUCUUUUGUAUCAGUUAAAUCAGCUUCAAGAAGACUUCAUCAUACUUCAACUAUUGAGAAACCGGAUGAUCCAAAAUUCAGAUCUAGCAGCAAGAGUUCAAGUCGUAAUUCACUUUAUAACAAUAUAAAACAUUUCGAUUUGUCAACUAAGCCAACAAAUGAAUGUUUACAAAUGAAUGAUCAUUCAAAUCGAUCAACUAUACAGGAAGUUUACACUGGGGAAUCAUGUUAUUCAACAACACCUAAACAAGCCAUAAAAAUUGAUGUGGAAAGAAAAACCAAACAAAAAGAUAUCCGCCAUCUGAAUGAUUUAAUAACGAAUAUUUUACCAAGAUCAUUCUCUAAUGCAUUUAGACGACCAGUAGGUAAAUGUAAAAGCGCAUCGCCUACAAUAGUAAAUGAUCAUCAUAUAGAAAAACUGAUUGAUUCUUUCAGAUUUGAUAAUUUUGAAGUGGAAAGUCAACAUUCAGAGAAAUCUCCUUCUGAUUUAUUAACACCUAAUGAAGCGUCUCCAGUUCUUAAUGAACAUAAUGUACCAACAAGAAGUCAACUACAACAAUGGGAACAAUCAUUUGACAAGCUUUUAGCUGAUACAGAUGGUUUGUCUCAAUUUCAUCACUUUUUGAGAUCAGAAUACAGUGAAGAGAAUAUUGAGUUUUGGUUAAUUUGUGAAUUGUAUAAACAUCUACCACAAGAAGAUCUUGGUGAAGAAUCACGAAGAAUUUAUCGUCUUUAUUUAGCGCCACAUUCACCACAUGAGGUUAAUUUAGAUUCGGAAACUCGGAAUCAAACAAUCGCUAGCAUAACAAAUCCAACUAAUGAAUCAUUUAUUUUAGCUCAACAAACUAUUCAAGGAUUAAUGAAUAAAGAUUCUUAUCAGCGGUUUUUACGUUCUUCGUUUUAUUUUGAAUUAAAACAGUUAGUUUGGCAUACAUAUCCAGAAAAUGAUGAACCGACAAAUUCAGAAUCUAAUAUACAUGAUACUAUCAUAUCAAAUAAUCAAACUCAAUAUUUCAUAUCAAGAGAUCCAAUCACUGACAAUACAUCCAGUCCAUGUUCUGAAGAAGAACAUGUCAAGGAGUUCCUGCGAUCUCCAUCAGUAUCAUAUUCAACCAUUAGUUCCCCUAAACAAACUGCAGCGUCUCAUGAAACCAAUUUAGAAAGUCAUAUUCAGCCGUCGAAAACAAUACCUUCCCCGUUACUUGAUUGUACUGUGUCCAGUUUAUUUCACAAGCAUAUAGACGAUGAUGAAGAGUUAUCAUUUCAUGAGAAUAUAACUGAACAUCCUACUUACACUCAAACGAAUGAUAAUUUAUCCGUUCAGGAAUUACCAAAUUCUGUUCAUACUGAAGCUGCGCCACAUUCUCCUAAACUUUGUUAUACUGGAUAUACAUUAUCCAAUACUGAUUGCUAUAAAUUAAAACAAAAUAUUAGAUCAGAGUUAUAA